AUGUUUUCCAAGGCUCUCUAUUUUGCUUUGCUGGGACUGUAUUUCUUUGCAUCGGCCGUUGAGGCUGCGCCUUCCCGUAGCAUUCAGUCUGAUCAAUCUCAAUCCUGUGAUGUUCAGAGUGUCAGCGUCAUCACUCAGACGGUGACUGUCACUGCUACCACCGCGCUCGCCACUUCGACGUCGAGUGCUGGCGGCUCUGGAAGUGGUACCUUCUCACCCUCGCUUAUCAGGUUGUCGCUCACACUCAGAACAGAUAAUGGCUCGAACAACAAUUCAGAAGGCUCUGCAGUCGGAAGCAGUGGCUCCGAUGGUUCUGGUUCGACUAACAAUGGAAAUAACAACAAUACUGGCAAAAACAGCUCGAGCAAUAGCAGUAGCAGCGGUUCCAACAGUUCUGCAAGUAGUGCGAAUGGAAGCGGUAACUCGGGAACCGCAACAACGACAUCUGCUGCGUCGUCGAACACUGGCUCGUCCAAUAAUGGCAAGUCAAACACCGGAAAAUCUGGAAAUACUGCAAGCACGUCGGCAGCUUCGUCUGCUACAAGUUCCUCCGUUAAGAAUAACUCCGGUAGUGGAACAGCGACCUCCAGUUCAGCUGCAUCAUCUAGUACAGGUUCUUCUGGUAACACCACUGCAGAUAAUGGUGAUGCUCAAACAUCUCUAACGCUCGACCCUCGUGUUAUUGGUUCUGGCUUUGCUAACGACGGCCAAAGUCCACCAGUCGCUGGACAGUCUCCGUCCCUCACGACCACGAACAACUUUAUCAACUUUUGUCUUACAGUUGAUGCUCCCAUUACCAACGGCGAACAGAUCCAGAAUGGUUCCUGCAAUCCCAUCCCCAUUGGCGCCAUUCCUAGUACCGAUAACAUGCCGAGUUCCAAGUUCACUAACCCGCAGAACUUUGGCACGCUCCAGGCUAACACGGCUUUUAAUAUUACGAUGGCUAUUCAGAACAUGGAGACCGGCAACUUCGUUAAUGCAACAGCCAACUACUUCGCUGCGCCUCAGCACCUGAAUACUCAGGGGCAGAUCAUUGGUCAUACACAUGUUGUUAUCGAGGAGCUGGAUUCGCUCGACCAGAAGACGCCUACUAACCCUAAGACUUUUGCAUUCUUCAAGGGUGUGAAUGGAGUAGCAGUCAACGGCGUGGUCAGCGCCAGUGUCGACAAGGGCCUCCCAUCUGGUGUCUAUAAGCUCAGUUCCAUCAACGCAGCGGCGAACCACCAGCCCGUCAUUGUUGCAAUAGCCCAACAUGGUUCCUUGGAUGAUGUCAUCUUUUUCACUGUCACCGACGAUGGGGAGCCUGCGAGCAACACCACUGCUUCGUCGGCGGCGGCCUCUGAGAGUGUCUCGGCUACCGUGUCGGCAACUGAGAGUGGUGCCGAGGCAUCAUCUUUAGCAAGUGAUUCCGCCUCGGUUUCUGCUUCAGUAUCAGGUUCAGCAUCUACAGCUACGGCUUCCGCAGCGGCUUCUGCUUCAGUCACGGGUUCAGCAUCUGAAGCUACGGUGUCCGCGACUAGUGGUGCUUCGACCAAGGGUGGAAAGAAAUCUUCAGCAAGCACAUCGGCUACGGGCAACGCUGGUAGUGCAUCUGCUACCGCGGCAGCCACAGACGCGUCGUCAUCAGUUGUCGCAUCUGCUACAGACGCUGCUUCUGGGACUGAUGCUGCCUCUGCUACAGAAAGCGACACAGCCGCUGCAGAAACCUCAUCCGCUGUCGAGAAAGGCAAGAGCAAUGGGAAAAACUGA